CCAGUUCCAGCGAAGUCCUACUCGGCCACGGAAAACUCGCUCCCGAAAUAUCUUAUUCUUUUGUCCAAAUCAAACCGAACCAAAUCACACCACUUAAAUCUCCGCGAUUCAUAACGAAUCGGCAUAGUUAAUCGAACGGAUCGAAGCAGUAAACCUGAAAAAAAGGAAAAAGGAGAGGAGGAGAGAGAGAAGAGGAGGAGAGAGAGGGAGACCAUCCCAUUCGCGGGCUGGUUCGGGUCCAUUUGGCGGCGCCGCACGCAGCAGGAAGAGAUCAGCGCGAGGCGAAGCGUAAAAACCCCUCUCCGCCGCCGCUGCGACCAGAGCAGGCAUUUAGGAUGGUGGACAAGAAUGAUGGGUCUGAAAGUCUUAAAUUCAACACGUCGCACCUGAUUCAAUCAACUGAAGAGGUUGCAAGAGCAUUUAUCACUGCAGCUUCAGCUGCCACUGCACAGUCUGCACGACCAUCUGUCGUGUAUUCAUCCAAAGACGAGAGUGGCAGCCCGAUGCAGAAGCUUCAACAGCAAUUUUCGAAAAUCCUGAAGGGGUUUUCCACCUCACCUGACGUAUCGGGACCUUACAAUCCUGAAGUGCUCACAACGCAAAAACGGCAGUGGUUGAGGUUCCAGUUGAAGUCAUUGGGUAAUAGGUGCAUCAGAGAACCGUCACAUCUGUUUGAGAGCAUUGUGAUUGUUGGGCUUCCACCUCAGGCAGAUAUCCAUGAGCUGGAAAACAUUGCACUAGGGAGAAAUGAUGAAGAUGGAAAGAGAUCAAGAAAUAUAUUUGGCAACAGCCACCACCAAGUUCACGCAAUAUCAAAUUUGGAACCGCAGGUUCUUUUUGCAUACCCUCCAGAGAAGCCUCUUCCACUCAAGUACAAAGAUACCCUCUCUUUCUGCCUUCCCGGAGGUGUACAGGUUCGUGCUGUUGAACGGACUCCUUCAUUCAGUGAGCUGAAUGAAAUUCUCCUGGGGCAGGAACAGCUUAAAGAAAGCAACCAAUCUUUUGUGUUCCGUUUACAGGUUGCUGAUGACUCUACAUUAUAUGGAUGCUGUGUAUUGGUUGAAGAGAUUGUGCAGAGACCAUCAAAGCUGGUUUCAAUGCUCAUGAACGAAAAAACCACCUUUCCUCGUCGGAGUCGUUAUGUGAUAACUACGCCCCGGUGUUAUUGCAUCAUGUCCAGACUUCCGUUCUUUGAACUGCAUUUUGGGAUGUUGCAGAGUAUUCUUAUGGAAGAACGACUCCAAUGGCUCACAGAUGGUGUUAGCAUGCUAACUUCAUUAUCACUUGAGGAAACCUGUAAGGAGAAUGAUAUUUGUAAAGGAACUGAAGUUACGGCAGAGAAACAGUAUUUUCAUGGUAACACAAUAGAUGUGGAUGGAUCAUCUGAAUCAAGUGUAGGAGUUUCUUCAAAGGAGCAGUCUGAUACUGACAGCAGUUCUGGUUGCAGAGAGAACCAACUUGAAUUUGCCUCUAACGAAGUCCACCAGAGAAAUAGUUCUUGUAGCACCGACGAACAGAGUGAUCGUGUAACGGAACUGGUCACUCGUUGUGAUACUCCUGAAGGGUCUGAUCAUUGUGUUCCAGAAGAUACAUCAUCGGAUCAAUCUGGAGUUAAGCAUCAUGAACUUUAUUCUGCACCAGAUAUCCAGAAUGAAUCUGGCGCGAAGAAGAAUUGUGAUGAUUCUCCACAGGGAAAUGUGGAUGAUGAGCAGCUUGACCUUUUUAUUAGUGAUAUUAUUUUGCCGCUUAUGCGAUCUCGCGUUUGUGAAGAUUGUGAAUCAUCUCCUAGUUCCCAAGAUUCUCCUUCUGAAGGCGGAAAUUUCAGAAGUGACACCAAUGAAUUGGAUUCGGAGGAGCCAUCUUCAAUUGGUCAUGGAGACUUAGUUAGACACAACAACAUACUGCAAUGGGCUAAGGCAAAAAAGUAUGGUUCUCUGCAAGUUGUCUGCCAGUACUACCAGCUGCAGUGUCCUGCCAGGGGUUCAUCACUUACAUUUCAUCCCUUGGAGCACUUGCAUCCUUUGAGUUUUCACCGGCCGGGUGAAACAGUUCUUCAUAUUGCUGGUUCUACUGUUGAGCUUAGGUCACGUGAUACAAGCUUAGAGGUUGCUGAGAUGCGUAAUGCACUCUUUGCCGAGGAGGAAUCGACGGCUUUAUCCACAUGGGCUGUGGCAUCCAUAUGUGGAUGCCUCAGGCUGGAACAUGUAAUGACACUUUUUGCUGCUGCGCUCUUGGAGAAACAGAUUGUUAUUGUCUGUUCUAAUCUGGGAAUGCUAUCGGCUUCAGUUUUGUCCAUCAUACCUCUAAUACGCCCAUAUCAUUGGCAGAGUCUACUCAUACCGGUUUUGCCUAUUGACAUGAUGGAUUUUCUCGAUGCACCAGUUCCAUACAUAGUUGGUGUGCAGAACAAGACAACCGACAUACUGAACAGGCUAGCAAAUGCUGUGGUCAUCGAUGCCAACAGGAAUCAGAUUAAGUCUGCUUCAGUCCCGCAACUGCCGCAGCAAAGGGAGUUGCUUUCUGCUUUGCGUCCAUAUCAUUCAAGACUAGUGGGAGAAAGUUAUCUUGCAAGAAAGCGCCCCGUUUAUGAAUGCACGGAUGCCCAGGUGGAAGCGGCCAAAGGCUUCUUGGCAGUGCUUAGAGACUACCUUGAUACUCUGUGCUCGAAUUUGAGAUCUCAUACAAUUACCAAUGUGCAAUCUAACAAUGACAAGGUUUCCUUACUUUUAAGAGAGAGCUUUAUUGGUUCUUUCCCAAGCAGGGAUAGGCCCUUUAUGAAGCUUUUUGUGGACACACAAUUAUUCUCAGUACAGACAGACCUAGUUCUCUCCUUUUAUCAGAAGGACUAAGUGUCUGUUAAGGACUUGAAUGCCUACCUCAUCUUGCCAAGCCUUUAGAUGCUGAGCUCAACUGUACAUACCGAUCUAGAAAACACAAGCUGCCUUCAUUACUUUGGCAGCUCAGGGUUGGCUGCAACGGACAAACCAUACUCUCUGGAAAAAUGGUUGAUCAUCGGUAUCCAGAUAUGGAUAUUGAACAAGAAUGCCCCUAUAGUUGUUGUAAAUUAGUUGUGUGGCUGACCUACCAUCUAAAAUUUUGUAGGCAAUAGUAGGUGCCCAUAAUAAGCCUCUAUGGUUGUUCCUGCAAUGCCUGUACUCUAAUGGAAUGAUGUCUGCAGCAAAAUCUCCAGACGUGAAUGUGUUCCAUUUUGUAACUAAUUAGUGCCUGAUGUCAACAUCCAAGAGCUUAUACUGUGAUUUGAAGAAUCCGGUAGUUACUUAUGCAGUGCCAAACUGCAGCUUGUAUCUCAUUUUCUAGAGCUGUGAUAUCAUGCGUGACGCCAAUCUAUAUGUUGUAUUUUCCAUCUAAGCAUCAAUGCCAAAGUGCAGCUUGUAUGUUAUUUUCUUGAGAUCUGAUACAAUGUGCGACAUUGAUUUCUAUUUUUUUCAUCUAAAGCAUCAGUUUUAUGUUCA